GGAUAAUGUUCAUUUAGGAUAAUACCGUGCUGCCCUCUUCACCGUUCCAUGCCCUGACGCCCCCUUCUCCAUUCUUUCGUGCCGUGCCGCAUCGCCCUCCUCUCCACCAUUCCAAGCCCUCCAUUUGUGUUUCAUCUGCUGAGCUUCAAGGAUCUUAAGGGGCAAUCUUGGUCCACCAGCACCAGCAACAACAACAACAGAUUAACUAGAGCUUGCAGCCUUCAGUAUAGCUUCAACUAGUUCAGUUUCACUUCCAGCCCUACCAGUAUUCAAAGGAGAAAGUUAUGAUUUUUGGUCCAUCAAGAUGAGAGCAUUUCUUUUGGCAUAUGAUCUCUGGGAGAUAGUAGAAACUGAUUAUCAACCUAUGGAGUUGGGUGACAAUCCCACGAUUGCUGAGAUUAAGCAAGCUAAGGGGGAAUCCACCAAGAACUUCAAGGCCUUGUCUUUCAUUCAUUCAACAGUAACAAAAGUAAUCUUUUCCCAGAUUGUUGGUGCAACAACAGCCAAGCAAGCUUGGGACAUCUUGCAAGAAGAGUUUCAAGGUUUUGAGAGAGUCAGAACUAUCAAGCUUCAGAACUUGAGACGAGAUUUCGAGCUAUUGAGGAUGAAAGAAGAAGACUCAGUCAGGAUUACACUUCUAAACUCGUAGAAGUUGUAAACCAGAUGAAGUUAUAUGGAGACACCAUUAUAGAUGAGAGAGUAGUCCAAAAAAUUCUUAUUAGUUUACCUGAUAAAUUUGAUCUGAAAAUAGCAGCAAUAGAAGAGUCUAAAGAUCUUUCCAAGCUCUCUAUCACUGAGCUUGUAGGUUCUUUGCAAGCACAUGAGCAAAGAAUCUCUUUUCGAAGUGAAGGUUCAGUUGAGGGGGCUUUCAUGGCCAAGCACAAAGCUAGAUAUUCUCCACAGUAGAAAAAUGACAAAAGAAACAACAAGGAAAAAAGCAAAUAUACUGAUAAAGGCAAAGAAGAAGAAAAGAAGUGAUCUUUCCCUCCUUGUGAUAUUUGUAAGAGGACUAACCAUGCAGAGAAGAAUUGCUACUGAAAAGGAAAACCACAAUACAGAAUAUGCAAGUAUUUUGGCCAUCUUAACAAAGAUUGUAGAAGAAAAUCACAACAGCAGCAGAUCAACAACAAAGCCAAAAUCAACAAGCAUACUUCACAAUAAAUGACACUAAAGAAGAUCACCUUUUUUUUUAUGUGUCAUGUUGCAGAUUCUAGCAGUCAGAAGUCAUGAUUGUUAGAUAGUGCCUGCUCCAAUCAUAUGACACCAGAUCCAUCAAAAUUUAGCAAGUUGGAUUUGGAGUACAAAGAAACAGUGAAGAUUGGCAACAAAAAUAGUCUUGCUAUCACAUGCAAAGGUACAGUUCAGAUUCAGACUGAGCAUGAAAUGAAGUACAUUGAUGAUGUGAUUCUUGUUCCAGAAAUUUGCAAGAAUCUUCUAAGAGUUGGUCAGAUGAUGGAAAAUGGCUACUCCUUAAAUUUUAAAGGCGAUGCAUGCAAGAUUUAUGAUCCAUCUGAUCAAUUUUUGAUGACAGUUAGAAUGAAAGGUGGAAACUUUUCUCUUGAAUUAAAGCAUAGAAGCUUUACUGCCAUGCAUGUUGACUGCAGUGAGUCUGAUUUAUGGCAUAAGAGAAUGGAUCAUUUUAAUAUGAAAGCUCUAAAGUAUGCAUCACAGAAUCAGUUAGUGACUAAUUUGCCUUCAAUUAUAAAUUGUAAUAAUGUAUAUGAAGCAUAUCAGUUAGGAAAGAUGAACAGACAGCCAUUUCCAAAGGAACAUAGCUGGAGAGCAACCCAGAAGCUGGAGUUUAUGCAUACUGAUAUUUGCGGCCCUAUGAGAACUCUAUCUCUUAGUGGUAACAAGUAUUUUAUCUUGUUUAUUGAUGUUUUUACCAGAAUGUGUUGGCUUUAUUUUUUGAGAUAGAAAUCAGAAGUUGCUGUGAUGUUCAAAAAGUUUAAAGGCUUUGUAGAGAAGCAAAGUGGAUGUCCUAUCAAAGUUCUUAGAUUGUAUAGAGGAGGAGAAUACACCACUGAUGAGUUUGAUAGAUUUUGCGAACAAGAAGGCAUGGAGCAUCAGGCGACAGUAGCUUAUUCUCCUUAACAAAAUGGAGUUGCAAAAAGGAAGAACAGAACUGUGAUGGAGAUGACCAGGUGCAUGCUCAACGAGAAAUAACUUUCAAAGAAAUUUUGAACUGAGUGAGUUUAUACCUCAGUUUAUUUGCUCGAUAGACUUCCAACCAAAGCAGUAUAUGGAGCUACACCAAUAGAAGUUUGGAGUAGCAGGAAAUCAAGUGUUAAGCACCUAAAAGUAUUUGGUUCUCCUUGCUACAUCCAUGUGCCAGAUGAAAAGAGACAGAAGCUAGAUGAGAAAGCUGAAAAAGGUAUUUUUUUGGGCUAUAGCAAUCAGUCCAAAGGAUACAGAAUUUUCAACUUGAAGAUCGAGAAGAUUGUAGUUAACAGAGACAUUCAAGUUGAUGAGCAUGCUGUCUAGGAUUGUAAGCAAAAGGUUGAAGAAAGGAGUUAUUUCAGAAGUGAAAGCAGAAUUGCAGGAAGCUUCUCCUCUAACAGAAAAUAUAAAUUCUGAUGACAAGUCUCUAGUAAGAAAAAUCAGAUCACUUGCAGACAUAUACAAUUGCAACAUGGUCAUUUUUGAACCUGUUAAUUAUGAGGAUGCAGCCAAAAUUUUAGAAUGGAAAGCAGCCACGGAGGAGGAGAUAAAGAUGAUCAACAAAAGUGACACAUGACAGCUCAUUCCUCAACCAGAAGAUAAGAAGCCCGUAGGAGUGAAGUGGAUUUUCAUGACAAAACUAAAUCCAGAUGGUUCAAUCAGCAAGCACAAAGCAAGACUUGUUGCAAAAGGCUAUUCCCAGCAGUAUGAAGUGGAUUAUUCAGAAACAUUUGCUCCUGUUGUGAGAUUGGACACCAUUAGAGUUUUCUUUGCAAUAGCAGCUCAAAAAUAAUAGCAAGUGUACCCACUAGAUGUUAAAUCAGUAUUUUUAAAUGGCUUCCUUCAGGAGGAGAUCUAUGUUGAUCAACCAGAAGGAUUUCAGAUCCAAGAAAAGGAAGAUUGGGUAUACAAGCUCAAUAAAGCUUUGUAUGGUCUGAAACAAGCUCCUCGAGCUUGGUAUUCCAGAAUUGAUGAAUAUUUUCAGCAGCAAGGAUUUGUUAGAAGUCAGAAUGAGCCUACUCUUUAUGUUAAAUCAAUUGGUGAGAUUGAUAUUAUUAUCAUUUCCUUGUAUGUGGAUGAUUUGCUUGUUACAACAAGCAAUGCAAAGUUGAUUGAUGAGUUUAAGAAGAGCAUGAAUGCAGAAUUUGAGAUGUCAGAUCUUGGAAAGCUUCAUUACUUCCUUGGAAUGGAGGUGCAUCAGUCAAAGAAAAGAAUUUUUAUCUUUCAAAAGAAGUAUACAGAGGAUAUUUUAAAGAAGUUUAAUAUGCAGUAUUGUAAGUCAAUUGCAACCCCUCUUGCUCUCAAUCUUAUUCUCUCAAAGAAGGAUGGAGAUAAGCAGGUUGAUGAGAAGUUAUAUAGAAAUCUUGUUGGGAGUUUGCUACACUUAACAGCAACUAGACUAGAUUUGAUGUUUGCUGCAAGUUGUUUGUCCAGGUUUAUAAGUUCUCCAACAGAAGUGCAUUUUGGUGUAGCAAAGAGAGUACUAAGGUACAUCAGAGGCACUACAAAUUUUGGUGUCAUGUUUUCUGCAGAAUCAAGUGCCAAAUUCACUGGUUAUUCAGACAGUGAUUGGAUUGGAUCAGUUGAUGAUAUGAAGAGUAUAUCAGGUUAUGUGUUUAUGCUUAAUUCAGGUGCAUUUUCAUGGCAUUCUAAGAAGCAGAAAACUGUUGCACAGUCAUCAGCAGAAGCAGAGUAUAUUGCAGCUUCUGUAGCAGUUAACCAAGCCUUAUGGUUAAAGAUGAUUUUAGUAGAUCUGAAGUAAGAACAGGAAGGAGCUAUGAAAAUUAAAUGUGACAAUCAAUCAGCAAUUGCUAUGGCCAAGAACCCAGUUAGUCAUGGCAGAACCAAGCAUAUCAAGAUCAAAUACCAUUUCAUUAGGAAAGUUGAGAAGUCAGGAGAAGUAAGCUUGGUGUAUUGCAGAUCAGAAGAACAGCUGGGAGACAAUUUCACCAAGGCUUUGCCUAGGUCCAAGUUUGAGUUCAUGAGAAGCAUGUUAGGAGUUUGCAACAAUGGCAGCAAGGAGGAGUGUUAGAUGUUGCUGUCCAUUACUGGUUAUUAUUAUUCCAGAUUUUUCUCUGUUAUGAUUUUGUUGAUGGAUCUGCUGUGAUCGUGAAAAACAUCACCGUUGAUAAGUCUGGGCAUGGAGACUUCACAACCAUUCAAGGUGCCAUUGAUUCAGUUCCAGACUACAAUACCCAAUGGAUGAGAAUUCAUGUUGUAGCAGGAAUUUAUAGGGAAAAGGUCCACGUAUCACUCCGAAAGGCAUUUAUUUUGCUAGAAGGCGAAGGGCACCAACAGACAUCAAUUGAGUGGGAUGAGGCUAUUAAUUCCACUAAUUUGAUUAAGAGGAACACCAAUCUGUCAAGUUCUAUACUUGAUGAUGGUGAUGAUGAAGGAGUUGAAGGUGUUACAUUCACCAUCUUGGCAGAUAAUUAUGUUGUCAAAGAUAUUGCAUUUAAGAAUACAUACGACCACAAAAAAAAUGGAGCCAAGCUGGCAACAGCAGCAUUGGUAGGAGGAGACAAAGGCUCCUUUUACCGGUGUGCAUUCUUUGCCUAUCAAAACACCUUGAAUGAUUACAGUGAUCGACACUACUUUGAAGAAUGCCAGAUCGAAGGUGCUAUUGACUUCAUCUUUGGAAAAGCCCGAUCUAUCUAUGCGAAUUCCACUUUGCAUUCCAUCAUGGAGGGGUCACAACCAGGAUGGAUAACGAAACAUGCCAGGUUUGAACCCGACUUGCAGGCUGCCUAUGUGUUCAAGUAUUGCACGGUGGAUGGGGCCAAGACAUUUUUAGGAAGACCAGGGAAUUCCAACUCCACCGUGGUGUUCUAUGAAACAUACAUGGCAGACAAUGUUGUGCCUGAGGGAUGGGAUGUUUCGGAUAUCGGAGAUGAUGUGAACCCAACAACAUUUGCAGAGGAUAGUUGCAGUGGUCCAGGUUCAGAUACCACACACAGAGUGAAAUGGGAAAAGAAGCUUUCUCCCCAGCAAUUGGAGAAUUUUAUCAGCAUCCAAUUCAUCGACCAGGAAGGCUGGUUGUCUCAACAACCUUGACAAGAUAUUCUCAUGCCACGGGAUAAAUAAAAAAUGGGAUGAAUAUAAAAAAAAAAAAUCAAUUUUAGGUGUUCUCGUAUUAUGUAAAAGUGUUUCAUAGGCUCAAACAACCUACUCAUGAAAUGACAAAAUCGUAAUAACCAUUUGAUU